GGAGUUGGGUGCGCACGUGGGUGACGAUGCAGCGCCAACCCCUCUUCGGGGUCCCUUUUGUUGAACCAUCAAACAUAAGCACCUUUAGAGAUCCCGAGGGCUUCACAUGAGAAACAGUCUUCAUCCUGCGCACUGGGCGAUCUCAUCUCAGAUGUACAGACAUGUCGAGGUCUUUCUACGUUGAUUCUUUGAUUAUCAAGGAUACGGUGCGAACCGGAGCGACCGAGCAUCAGACCCAGGACUUCCUGCUUCCCAUCAGCGUGCACUCUCCAAGCGUAAUGACGGUCACCACUCCGAUGUGCCCCUCCAGGAAGAACGGGACUUUCUGCGUUUGCCCGCUGUGUGUCACAUCUCACAUCCAGUCUUCUCGCGGCGGUAUUCCUAUACUGAAGAGUCAGUUUCCAGGUAUGGAGACACCGUACUGUCAAAGGCUAUCGCAGCAGCAGCCUUCUGCGCUGGCGCAUUCUGGACACACACCUGUCUGCACGCCCACCUUUGGCGUCACAGAUCCCAGGAGAUACCACUGCCUUUCCAUCGGAGGCUCCACCGAAAACACCCACCUACAGAACGGCAAAAGGAUGCGCACGGCUUUCACAAGCACGCAACUCCUGGAGCUGGAAAGGGAGUUUUCUACAAACAUGUACCUGUCAAGGCUUAGACGGAUUGAGAUCGCCACGUAUCUGAACCUGUCUGAGAAGCAGGUGAAAAUCUGGUUUCAGAACCGCAGAGUAAAGCACAAGAAAGAAGGUAAAGCCACGCAAAGGAGCGCGCACGGCGGCUGUAAGUGCGCCAGCACUCACACGAACUAUUCCAGGUCGGAGGAUGAAGAAUCUUUAUCUCCAGUCUCCGCAUCAGAGGAGAAAGAAGUUUCACCAAUAUAAAAAAUGAAAAAAAAAAAACUUAACUCUCCAUGAGUCCCGUUACAGGCACUUACUCUGCCCCGCAUGCUCCUGAUGGCAUUAUGCAACUUCUGAGCCAAUGCAAAAAAUAUGGCUUCUUUCCUGCAUGAAGUAUUUACAUUUAAAAUAAUCCAUAUCUCAGUGAGAUACUAUUAACACAACCGCUUGUACUUCAGAUGUUCAGCUCUUGUUAAUUACCUAUAAUAAAUGUUGUGAGUAAUCACAGAACCUGCGGUGCAGCUAUUGGAUCAGAGAGCCUUUAAAAAUAGGCCAGGUUUGAAGUGUGGACCUGUGACCUGCAGCCAUUUGGUAAAAGAAAAAAAAAAAUG